UGCUCUUUCUUGUGAUUAGAUAAAACGGUUUCAUGACGCCUUUGUCGGCCUAACAUUUUUUUUAAUUACUUGUCAAUAGUUUUUGAUCACCAAUGCAUAGGCCGCGCAGCAAGAGUUUCCAUGAUAAACCAAUGUGGGCAAUCAACGCAACGAGCCAGACGCAUGCACAAAGCACGGCUGAUUCGGUUGGUGGGGGAAAAAAAAUGUUACUAUUCCAAUGGUUCUGUGCGUUCUGUGGGUGUUCAGAAAAUAAUGUUGUGAUUAUAUUGCUUUUAAUAUAAUGAUAGUUUAUAAAUAUGUGAAUUGUGCGAUAAAAUUUACAAGAAUAAACAAGUGUAUUAUGUCGGUAGGUGAACGUAAGGCAUAUUAGCCAACACUUGAUGGGCCAUAUAUUGGACGUGUUUAUUUACUAUCCUCUACUAUAAUAACAUUCCAUUCAUAAAGUAGUAUUUAUUUAUUACUCAUAACUAGUAAUCUGAAUGCGUUUCCAAUUGUUUAAAAAAUUUUCGUCGAUCCAAGGCGGUUUGAAAUGCCAGAAUCUUUGGUUACAUCUACGUAUUGAAAAAUCAGUGGAAUUUUUCAAAUGUUCAUCAUAAUGAACGGGAUAAUAUAUAUACCAAGAGAAGAUGUGGAAAAACCGUUUAGAACAUAUUCGUAAUUGUUUUUAAGUUUAAUUGGAAGCGUCAAUUCGUGUGUUAAACAUGGAAAUGGGAGUACGUAAAUUGCCAAAAAAACGUAAAUUCGACCCCUCUGAACUUGAUGAAAAUCAGGCCCAAGCAUGUAUACCAGUGUCGGUCGUCCAAAGUGUUGCAUCUAUACCACCUCAAGCGACCGCUGUGGAUUACUCGUGUCCAGCAAGAAUUAAUCUCUGUGAAGAACCAACAAUUCUUAAGCAAAUAAAUAAGCAAAUUAAUGUUGAUCUAAGUGAAUGGUGUGAGCAUAGAGUUUUGGCAAAACAGGGUGACUUCUACUACCCCGGCGUUAUUCGGGAGGCCACUGGUUCAACUAUAACGGUCGUGUUGGAUGGGAAAUCGGACAAGGAGAAAUUAACUUACGAAAAUGUCUUUGACAAUGAGUGUUAUAAUGUGAUAGGUGAUGCGAGUCCAUCUGUAAACCAAAUAAGUUUGGGUACACGGGUUUGUGUUCGGCAUAACCAGAGUAUGUUUGUCGAAGGUGUUGUCUGUACUAUACUUGAGGGGCAACCUGUGCGGUUUGUCGUAGCUGUAAUAGGGGAAAAAUCCUGCGAAGUUACCGUAAAACGGGCGGAUUUAAGAUUGCUGAGACCACCUUGGUGGGACGAAUUAGAAAACUUAGAACCCAGUCUGGAAAUCAUUAAUUCCCAAGCAAUAGAUUAUUGCCGUAAUAAUCAAAUAUCUCCGACACUUCAUACUCCUGUUAGCGCUUGUACUCCUCUUUCAAAUGGUAGACAUUAUGAUGAGUUUUGUGAAAGUGAAGACGAACUUAGACAAGAAACAUUUCAUUCAGAAGUGGAUGCCAAACUUUCGGGUAGUUCUAAAAGGAGUAGUAUGCAUAGUCGCGGUAGUUCGUCAAGUAGUGUAACCCGCUCCCAGCCGACCACUCCUCGCAGUCAAGCUGCUACCCCCCAUAAAUAUAAGAAAGGCGAUGUUGUCUCAAACCCCAACGGGAUAAGAAAGAAGUUUAAUGGUAAACAAUGGAGAAGGCUGUGUUCAAAAGACGGUUGCACAAAAGAAAGUCAAAGAAGGGGUUAUUGUUCAAGGCAUUUAAGUCUGAAAGGAAAUAGUUUAAGAAGCGGACCAUUUCCAAGAUCAAACAGCAAGGGUGAUGGUGAAGACACUUCCAGAGAUUCGGAAACAUCUCCAAAUUGUACUGACAGAAGAAUUACAGGAAGAUUUGAUCAGGAAGAAACUGAUGCUGCUAACAUGUUGGUAUCAUUAGGGAGUUCUCGGUCUGCUACUCCCGCUUUUUCACCUAAUGGUCCAACAGGAUCGUCACCACGCACAAUGCAAUCUCCGAUCACAGUAGGAUUGCGCCAGAACGUUUUUAUGCCAAUCCCUAGUAGUCAUUCACAUGGUUUACCAAAAAUAAAUUCGCCUGGUCCUCAGGGAUACAAUCCGCCUUACCAUCAACCCGUGAUUAGACCAGAAUUGGUAAGACCUGUUCAAGGAAGUGUGAUAAGGGUUUCUCCCAAUCCAAGGCCGUGGGGAAUCAAUGCUGUGGAACAACCCAGUGUUAUUUUACAGCAUGCACUAACAAGUCCUUCAAACCAAUCUGUGGAGUCUGAACCUUCUCUGCUCUCAACAGGUUCCUUAUAUGUUGUGCCAUCUCAGACCCAUGAAAAAAAUGUAAUGAUGAUAAAACAUGAAAUUGAAAACAAAAUGGAAGAACCAAAAUCAUUUCAGCGCCAGGUUAUACAGAGUGAUCACUUGAUACAACCACGGGUUUCUUCAAAUAUCAUAAGUAAUUUAGGCAACACACAUCCCACAAUUGGGCCGGGUCAUCUAUCAUCAAACAACAUAAAUCCCGGCUUACCAGUGAUCGUGAAUCCAACACAACUUGUACCAGUACUUCCAGCAGCUGCCACACAAUCAGUUGUGAAAAAAGUGACGUCGGCUCCAAGCACUCAUCAAACCGCCGCAGCAGUAAUUGUUAAGUCUGAACAAGUUUCCCCAAAUCUCAAUCAUAAAGAACCCGUAAUUCGACACAAUCCCUUAACAUUACAAGGAUCACACCAAAGGAUAAGUGCCUUGCAAACCAAGGCGCAGCAUUCUCCCCACCAAAUAUCCCAGCCUGCUCCCGUUUCUCCUAAUCCUUCCAGACCUUUAAUUUCGCAAAUAAAAGUAGGCCCCAACCCACAACAAACGCAGUCAGCUUUUAUAAUCCCGUGGCAUUCCAUUGUUCCCAUUCUUACUGCCAGUCCCGGUGGGCCAAAUUCUCCUCAAUCGUCGCAACUAUCCCCUCCCCUUUCCGCACCGCCGGUAAGUAGACUGCCACCACUAGAUUCACGCGGAGAUGAAGAUGUUGAUGGUGAAAAUUUGCCCGCACCCACUGAGGAGGACGAUGAUGUUUUUGAAACAGAAGGUAGUGAUGGGAUAGAACAUAGCAGAAAUAACCAUCAGCGUCGGAGUCAGUCGCUUAGUUCCCUUCAAAGUAAUAACAAAGAGCCAAAGAAUAACAAAGAGCGUAUAAGGCGACCAAUGAACGCGUUUAUGAUUUUUUCAAAACGGCAUAGAGGACUUGUGCACCAACGCCAUCCGAACCAAGAUAAUAGAACGGUGUCCAAAAUUUUAGGGGAGUGGUGGUAUGCCUUGGGUCCGGUGGAAAAGAAAAAAUAUCACGAACUAGCGACAGAAGUUAAGGAAGCGCACUUCAAAGCACAUCCUGAAUGGAAAUGGUGUAACAAGGACAGAAGAAAAUCUUCCACUGGUUCUGGAAGAAGCAAAUUGAGUUCUACUGGUGAUAGCGGCGAAAUUGGGGACCCAGUUACUAGUCCGAGGGUACAAACGUCUCCCGUGCAUAAUUUGGAUCAAAUAGAGAGAACUCUUCCCCACCAGUCAGACACAGAUCCAUUGCAAGCCGAUGAUGACGACGACGAUCACCUAGUUAUAGUGGAUUCCAUGGUUCAUGAGAUUGAUUUAAAGUGCAAGGAAAAAGUAACCGAUUCUGAUUCAGAGUCUCAUAGUGACAUGGAUUCUUCCGCUGACAACGGCCAUAGAAUAUUUCCACAUCAGCAGUUUAGUCCUGUUGGCAGUAAUUGUCCGACAGCUGGUUCAGAUGUUACUUGUAGGCCCAAGCCUAUUAAAGCAAGUAUGCCAUCUCAAGAAACGCCUAAAUAUAGUCCAGCUCCAAGCGGCACUUUCAGUUUUCACUAUCAUUCCCCAAUAAACCCUUCAGGUAUUACUGGCUUUCAGCCGACAGGUGGCGCUUUUAAAACCAUGCCUGCUUCACCGAAAUUCACCAAACCUGGGGGGCUGGAGGAAGGGGGCCAUGAAAAUUGGGGAACAAAUCCGCCAAAGCCAACAGAUACAUUGCAGUGGGUCAAUUCGACUAUUCAAAGCAAAACUAACCACACAUUAGCCAUACUAAAACCGCAAAUUAAAGCCAAUCACAUAAUCAUGAGUGAAGGCAGUAACCAUAAUAAUUACCAAUCACCUUUAACGGUUCUUAUAGGUGGCCAGCCUACAAUUUGUCUUUCAAAUGAAAUUGAGAGAUCCCAACCUUUUGUGGUCGUAGCUUCGACCGCCACAUCUGAUGUACCAGUUCAAUGCCUUUAUAUGCAGCCACAAUCUUUCAAAGUAACCGAUAGCAAUCAAGGAGGAAAGGGUGUAUCACUGCAGGGUUUACAUUUGGUAUCUAAGCCUUCAGUGACACAGUCAGUGAUUGUAAGUCAAUCCCAAAGUAAGCUUAUGUCCAGUCAGAAUCAGUCGUCUAUCCAUUCCUCAUUGGAAGCACCGAAUCCAUCAACUCCCAAAACAGCUGUUAACCACUGUGGCCUAAUACAUCAACCUCAGGCAUUAGAACAGCUAGCCGCCGUGGACGCAUCCAUGAAUUCUAGUGAUCCAUCUAAUAUUGAUGUAAACCAGGAGUUCAAAUUGGCCCCAACCCCAGCCCAAUUGGGUCGUGCUCCCCUACAGAGAAGACAAUCUAUGGCAGUUAUGUCCAGCCUUCAGGGUUCCCACGGUUCUGAGAAUCAGAUGCCCCAUUCGCCAGCUUGUGAAGAUAGUGAUAAUUUGGCUCUCUCGUCACCUUGCACCAAGAAAAGUUUUUUUAAGAGGAACAUUGAAGAUGGCAUGGAUAAAGUGUUGGACGCCGUCAACUUUGAAAAAAAGUUCUCCUCUUUGCCACAAUUCAAACCUAACGAAGGUCAAUCACCGAGUGCCAUUUCCGUGCCUAGUCCCAGCUUGUUUAAUUAUAACAAGAAGCGAACGCCUUUGACGGCUUCGUCUCAUCGAAUGUCCAUGGACGAGGAGUCGGAGACUGAAGUCCCAACACCGCUGUCUUUACCCAAGUCUGCUUCUUCUGGGAAGCCUAUAAUUGGAAACCAAUUUUUCGGGCCAGACUUUUCAAUAGAAAACGCUCGCGAACUGACGGAAAUGGGUGAGGGCAACUCUCCAAGGACUCCGCGCACACCUGGUACCUCGAGAGAUUCAGAGAAAGGCCAUAGACGGACUUUGGAGCAGCGCAGGCUUUUAGUGAUGCAAUUAUUUAACGAGCAAUCGUACUUCCCUACCUCUCAAGCCACUUCUAAGUUUCAAGCGGAACACGCCGAUAUAUUUCCUACGAAAUCGAGCUUGCAGUUAAAAAUCAGAGAGGUCAGACAAAAGCUGAUGGCGCAAAACAAUCCGCCAUUGACGCCCCUUACCCCCAGCGCAAAUCAAUCUGUAAAUAGUCCGCAAUUAACACCGCAGGAACCCGUGAAGGUUUCCUCAAGUAGUUAGCUAGUAAUGUGCAAUAGAAUUUUGUCUUCCUUUACCACUUACCUUGUUUAACUGAAGCGUUUCUCAGUAACCGUUUUUGGGGUAUUGUUUUUUUUAAUGAUUGCAAGGGAAACGAUUAUUUCCUUCAGGAUUAAAAUUAAACCCGCCGAAAAAAUUGAAAAAGAUUUCUUUUAAGUUAUAAAGAGUUUUUUUUAGUUUUUGUCCGCAAUAUUAAAUUUUAGUUUCUAUGUUAUACAAAUGUCCGUGAUUUUAAAGUUCCCAUUCGAGUUCGCAAUUACUCUUCGUUAACGGCAUUGAUCCAAAUAUUUUUGCGAUUUGCGAUUUGUAGUCGUAGAAAGUCAGAUUCGUUUAAACUUUGAAUUCUCCUAAUUUGCCGUAAAAAAAUAUAUCCUUAUUAAUUUAAAUUUCGUUUUGUAAAACUAAAAAAGGGAAAUGUUAAAAAGUUAAAUAUUUUAGUGAAGCUACUGAAUAUACAGAGUGGUCCUCAUUAUGAUGGAGCGUAUUCAGCAGAUAAAAGUAAGUAAAAAAGUUCAUAUACAUUUGUAUCCUAAAAUGCGUCGUUUAGGAGAUACAGGGAAUAUUGCGCAAAAAAUAGUUUUUCUUUUAAUUUUUUAAUACAUCUCUUCUAGAUUUUGCUUUCAAACUAUUAUAAUAAUUCUAGUUAAAUUAAUAAAAUUAAUUAUUAUUAGGGUAUUAACUUAAAUUGCGAAAGUUUAUAUGAACUUUUUUACUUAUUUUUAUCUGCUGAAUACGCUGUUAAAGUUUCUCCAUUAUAUUUAGGACCACCAUGUAUAGAGAUGUAUCUUUAGCGGGUUCCCGUAAGUAUAAUCUGUUAGAGAUUUGUAGUCCAUAGACAUUCUUCAAAUUAAUUUCUUGUUUAAACAUAUCGAAAUGUUUAAACAAACGGCUGGUGUCAACACCAAGAUCUGUAUAAAAUGAUUGAAUGUAGUGUUCAAAGCGAUCGUGUACAUUACUAAUAUUUUUGUAGUUGUUGCUUCCAGAAACAGUUCUAAAUUCAAGUGCUUAAAAAAAUAAUUCAAUAUUUUUAUACAGACGUGCACGUGUUUAUAUAACUGCGCGGAAAAUAAUUCUAAAAUAUAAGAAUGAUCGAAACGGAGUACACACCCGAUUUUUUUUUUUUUUAAUUUGCGUUAAACAAGGAACGCAGGCAUCUAUGAGAGUGACGACAAUCCAUGAAGAACCGUGCAGAGGAAAGCUGCUUUGAAACAACUACGUUCUUAACAUAGAUUUUUUUUCAUAGGCAAGUUAUUAAUGACAUUUCGUUUUCGCUUCUUGAGACCGCCUACCCCCGAAAUGGUAGUUUUAUUGUGAAGUUGUUGACAUUUAGGGAUACCUGAUGGUGAUUUUUUCUUAAUAUUAUUUUUGUAUAACAUAUUAUGUGCAAUAAAAUUGUAUUGUUUAUCCGAGAAAAUAGAAGAGUAUCAAGGGAUAUAUAUAUAAGUAUUCACAUAUUGUAUGACAUUAUCUGCGAUAAUUUUAGUUAAUUAUUUUUUUUACUUAGAACUUAGUUUUCUUUAAAAAAAUAAAUUUUAAGUUUUUACCCAUUCUUUUUGGAGUCCUGCAGUGUACGAGGGAGUCAGUCUUAUGUGAUUAUAUAAGUGAUUUAUGAAUCUCUAAACAGGAUGGGGAUAUUUUUGUUUUGCUCUUUGUCUAAACAAUAUCCAUAAUAAGCAGUAACUUUAAUUUAGUUUAUGUUAUGUACAUGUAACGGUUGUGUUUUAUUUUAACGUUUAUUUAAUACGCUUUUUACUGUUAGUUUUAAGGCAUUAUUACUAAUAUAUGUGAUCGAAAAAGCCAAGACAUUCAUAUACAUCGUUUUUCCUUUAAAUUUUAUUUAAAUUUGUUGAAAACUAAAGCAGUAGUCGAAAAUGGAAAUGCCUUGGUUUCUCGUCUUAGGUUCAGUAUAAAUAAACUGUUAAUUGGUGUUGUAAAAGAUUGUUAAAAAAUGUUAACUACUAUUGUGCGCGUGUUGAGGACGAAUUGAUAUCAUCGAUCAAUAAUCUGUGUCAAUUAAAAAAAUCGGAGAUUUUCUUUUUUGGUCAAUUGUUAUGAGAUAUUAAUAAAAAAAGAUCCAAAUUUAUUUUUCAGCGAACGUAGCAACUCGUCGCUAACAAGCACAAUAUAGUAGUGUGUUAGCAUUUUAUAUAGUCAAUGAUCUCGUUCACUUAUUGAUAGAAAAAAUGUGCACUCUUUCAUUAAGCACAUCAUUAUGUAUAUAAUUACUCUUAAGUAGUAUUUGUACUACAUAUUUUAUUUAAAAUGAAACGAUAUUUCACAAAGUCACAAUAAAUGUAUUGA